AUACCCCUGUAUGUAAGGAAGAUCAGAAGACACUUUACGCCGUUGCUCCAAACGAAUCCAUACUGGUAACAUGCGACGUUGAAGCUACUCCAUCCAAUGUCUCGUACAUGUGGUUUUUCAACAACUCCCUGGAGAUAAUCGAGAUAACAUCAUUUAAGUGGAAUGGAACGUAUGCCGAAGUGUACUACCGCCCUGAUACUCUGUACGGGUACGGUGUGCUGUACUGCUGGGCUAGAAACGAAGUAGGAAGCCAGAAAGAACCUUGUUCUUUCAGUAUUAUACCAGCAGGACCCCCAGAAGCUUUAAAGAACUGCGGAGUCACGAAUAAAUCGACCACUAGGAUAAUCAUAAAAUGUGAACCAGGAUAUAAUGGAGGAUUAAAGCAGGCGUUCCACUUGGAAGUCUUUAACGCUGCACUUGACCGUCUACAGAGGAACAUUACUCAGUACGAUCAACCCUUGUUUGUAGUGAAUGAUCUCCCUUUAGGAACAUCUUUUAUCUUGGCUUUGUAUGCGUCGAACUCCAAAGGAAGAAGCAACUCAAUUGCAUUAACAGUUUAUACUGUAUUAUAUUCUAAAAAAACAACAGGUAUGUACUGAAGUGUUC